UAUUCAUUAAUCUUCAGGUCAAGUCACCUUGGUGUGACAGAUAAUCAGAAAAGAUGGCUUGUCUUUGGAAUAGCACUCAACAAGAUCCUUGUGCCACAGAUCCGUCCUUUUGUGGAACAAGAGGUUGAUAAGGAAUACAACAAUCUCAAGACAAGCCACAAUAUUCAUACACAAAGUACAUCUGGUCGUCUUCAAAGGUGGCCUGCAAGAAAGUUUUUAAAGUAUGAGAACAUCAAUGGUAACAGUCAUCACCCAAAGCUUCCGGGUGGAAAAUACAACAUUUCCUUGUUUGAUUGUAGAGUGUUAUCUCACAUUGACUUUGCCAAGUUGUACGUUGAAAACUUCAUGGCUAAGUUCAGUGCUUUUGGUGACCAUUGUGAUGCUUCAGCUGUACUCUCAUUACUUGGUGGUGUACCUGUGUUCUCAGCUGCCUUGCAAGCUGCAGCUGGUGAUGUCAGGAAUGUUAGGAAUGACUGGGCACACUGUGUCUUCAGUAAGUGGGAUCCUGUUAAGUUUCAGCAGAGUUUUGUUGAGAUGGAGCACCUGGUGAGAGUCAUGGCUCUACCUGCUGCAGAUAAAACAAAACUCCUUGGAGAACUGAAAGAUUGGGAGACUAAAGGUACUAUAUGUACUUCAUAUUAUUAUACAAUUAAUGAUUGGUAUAAUAUUAGUGUUGGUACAUUUUUAACAUUUGCUAUCCUUACUGAACUGAAAGGUGCUGUUAAACAGUCAGGAUCAGUUAUCAGUCAUUUAUGUAUACCAAAUAUAUACAUGGGUGUAGCUACCAGCUGUACCCAGUAGAGACAAAAAAAUAGAUGGAGAUCAACAGAAGCCAAAUAAGAGAAAGCUAAACAAGGUGCAAUUCCUUUGAUUUACAUCUUAAAUUUUAUUUUUUUUUUGGAUGAUUCUUUUUAAAAACAAGUGGAGUGCAUUGUUUUCUCCAAUUUAGCACAUUGGCAAAAGCCCUUAAAUACUGCUACUUGAAUAGGAUGGUCCUAAGACCAAAAGAGUUGAGUUUCUCACCAUACUGUAAAACUGAAAAACGGAUAUUCAAUCAAGUUCACUCUGCAUUCUUAACUUCAUUAUUAUCAAACGGUUCUUAGAAAACAAGAGCUUCUUUUUAGGUUUGAAGUUCCUUUCCAACUGUUUUUAAAAAAGGAUCGCCCCCUCACUGAUUUCAACGUGAAGGUUUAAAAUAUGGCUUUGAUCCAGUAAGAUUAUUGAUACUUCCAAGAAAAUAGGCCUUGGGAUAUUUAAUGAUUGCCAGGCUUUUUAGUUAGCUGUUCAUAAUAUUUUGCUCUACUUAUCUGUGUAGAUACUAUGUCUAAUUUAUAAAUCUUUGUGCUUUGUUUGCAGGGACUUUGUUGUGCAUGAACUCUCCAGUAGACCCAGCAUUGCUUCAACUAGUCCAGCAAGAAGUAAAAUUAUUACAAGACAACCUGAAAAACCUGUCUGUAGAAUUUGACCAAGAAAAGAUUAGGGUACAACAAGAACUACAAAACGCUGCCAUAAUUCUUGAAGAAAUGAAACAGACAGUGGAAAGACUGAAUAAUUUUCAAGGUAUUUCCAACCUGUUUAACCUCUCCAGUCCAUUUUCAUAUUACUGACGUCAUUAUUGCAAAAAUAUAUUGGUUUCCUGCUUUUUCUUUACUUGUGGGAUCAUUUAAAAACUGCAAACAUUAUGCUUUUGUUUUGUAGAGACUGCAGAUCAGAGGUUUGAAAAUUUAGAGACUCGUACCGGACAAGUUGAAGACCAAGUACACAGUCUUACCGGUAACUUCGAGAUAACAAUUAUAGUUAAUUAUUCUUUGAAAUCGAGGUGAAUAGUGGCUAAAUAUUUACCGAGCCACGAAGUGUCGAGGUAAAUAUUCCUAAAGCCACUAUUCACCGAGAUUGAAAAGAAUAAUUGUUUUAGUAUAUACAUGCGAAGUGAUCUCCGCAAAAUCAGGGAGGAAACCAUUAAAAAGUACGAUUUGAUUGACAGUUCAGGUCAGCUAGACACGCGAACGUUGAAAAAUAGAUCUUUGAAACAUGGCAAUUCACAAGCUUAUCACUUCGCAAACAACAACGUAAUGACUUAAAUGGAACCGCUAAAAGUUUGAAUUGUUUCCUUACCUGAGAAGAAAAGAAGAGCUUUGUUGUUUUCUGUUGACUCGCCAAGUUUAUAACCGAAAAGGUUUGUUGUGUCGUUCUUCGCAUGAAGCGCUGACAAAAAUGGCGAUUUGGUUCCUCGAGGUGAGACGUCGUUUUCAUGUAGCAUUCUUUGUCCUAUUUACUUGAAACGUAGAAUUUCUGCAAACAGUUGCUUUCAAAUUUGUUUGUCAUAAAUAAACUUCGGUUUUGGGCCAAUUUUUUCUUGUUAGGAAACGCUGAGUUCACGAAACGGCCUCUUCUAAGCGAAUAAACGGGAGUUGUAAACAAUCCAUCGACCACAAAACUCAACUACAGUAAAUGGAAAAAUGCCGUUUUCAAUCCGUCGAAGUCUUUUCUUGCCUAAAAAAAGUCAACCCUAGGAUUUUGUCGACUUCUAAAAGAUCUUUCUCUGAAACAAUGGGAAAAAACCGAGCUCACACAUUAUCCACUCGCUAGGAGGUGAAUAUUGUUGAAUAGUCUCAUUUACGGAAAGAAGACAGCAGAUCAGCGGUUUAAACUUUAAUAAGUUAAAGACCUUACAAAGGUCAGUUAAGCAGGUUAAGUCGGGCGUCACAUAGAACCCUCUAACUGGCGCUGCCUUUGUUAAGUCCAUGCACCCAGUCUGUUAAGUCCAGUGGUCGCGGAAUGAAAUACCGUGGAUGAGAUCGGAGGACAACACAUGCACAUGUCCUCUUUACAUUAUACGUUAACAUACCAAGAGUAAGCGUGGAUGUCAUCAUACAAGGGUACCCACUGGCAGUUACUAUCAGCUACGAGCUAACUGUAACCCGCCCAGCCAUGGUAUGAAUGAUGUGUGCAAGGCAGUCUACACCACCAUGGAAAUGUUCCCCACUCUUGUCAAACAGUAGUGUGGGAUCUUUUUACGGCCCCUUCGAUUGAAAGAAGCAUAAAGGAUAACGGAGGCAAGGCCAACGGCUUAACGUCACCGGCUAAAGACGCGAUCAUCUUAAAUGAGAAUCACAGCCUUCAUGAUCUUAACAGUUUUUUUAAGACCCUGGUUGUUCGUCAGGCCCAGGCUUGAACUCCCACCCUCUCGCUCGGUAGACUGGCGCUCUCACAACUGAACUGCAAGGAUCACAUUCACUUUCAUAUCAUCAUCCGCAGCUUACAUACCUGUAAUAUACAUGAAUGAUUAAUUUCAUUUAUUAUAAGUCAAAAGAAGGAUUGAGGAUAUUGUUUUGCACGGGAAAAAAAUUCCUUUUUAAUCCAAGUUUCUCUUUUCUCCUGUCUUACUCAAUUGCAGCAAAGUUUCAUGACCUGACGGCUAAAGAAUCUGCUUUGACAAACGCUUCUCUUCAAGACCAACUGAUGACAUGUGACGGUAGGUUUGUCAUUGAUAAUAAAUAUAGCUGCAUGAUUUACAGUGAAAUUUUUUAUUUGUGACAAGAAAUUAUCGAGAGAAAAAUCAAAUUACCUUGCAUAUAGUUGUCAAAGGAAGUUAUUAAAGGAAGAUCCCCAAUACAUUUUCUCUCUACAUUUUUGUAUAAUCAGACACCAUACUUUCCUGUGGUAGAUAGUUUUAACAGAUUGACAGCGCUUUGACAGAGAGUUUGAUAAAACGUAGUGGUACGAAUGGUUUGCUUUCUUGUAGCGACUGGAACACUUGAAAUGAAAACGCUAACUCAAUAACGAGAAGUCCAACACGCGUGAACUUUCGUCGACUGUUAAAAUACAGUAAAAUUCCGAAAAUAAGCCCCUCCAUGUAUAAGCCCCUCCAAAUAUAAGCCUCCUAAACCGGUAACGCAAAAAACCCUCCCUUAACUCGCCCCUCCAAAUAUAAGCCCCCUAACUACACACCCAGGGCAACUAUCCCGCAAUUAUAAAAACAGCAAAAACACCCAAAAAAAGCCCCCCCCUACUACACCCCCCCCAAAAACAACCCCCCCAACCCCCCACCCCAAAAACCCCCCCCUUAACCCCCCCCCCCAAAAAAAACCCCCCCCCCCCCCCCCCCCAGGGGCUUGUCUUGGAAAAUUGCCCUCGAAUACAAAGUAAAACUAGGCAAAAACUGUAAAUUUACUUCCAACUAUAAGGCUAGCACAAUCGACAUUGAAACGCAAGUUUCCCUUCGAAGAUAAGCCCCUCCGAAUAUAAGCCCCUCGAAAAGGGCCUUUGAAAAAUAUAAGCCUCGGGGCUUAUUUUCGAAAUUUUACUGUAUGCUCCUUUUUAUCCAUUGUUCAAAUGUAUAUUAUUUUAAACACAGAGGAAAUUAUAUGCCUCAUUUCUGUUUUCCCUCAUUAGUCAAUCCAGGUAAACUUGUCGAACUUAUCAGACGAGACUACAAGGGCGCGGUACUGUGUCCCUUUCCAUGGUGUGAAGAUGAACUACAGCUGAAGCUGUCGAACAUCUUCACAAGAUUGCAGAUAGUCAGUAGAACAAAAGAACGUUCAAAACUUACGCAUUCCACCGUCAAUAUGACAGAAAUAUUCAAGUCGCAUCCAGAAUGCCACAAUCCAAGAGUGGUGCUGAUCGAAGGGAAUCCUGGGAUGGGCAAAACUACGUAUUGUCAAAAGCUGACAUAUGAUUGGUCCGUGGGGGAAAUUCCACCUGAUGCUUCGUUUCCUGAAGUGAAUAUAUUGCUGCUGUUAAAAUGCCGUGACAUGCACAUGAAAACGGCUAACAUCGAGGAAGCUAUUGAAGAUCAGCUUCUACCACAUGAUGCAAACAAGAGGGAAAAGCAAGACUUGUUCCACUUUAUUCGCUGUAAUCAGUCCAGAAUCUUGCUGGUUCUUGAUGGUUUAGACGAACUGCGUGAAGACCUUCUGGAGGGUUUUCUGCCUUUGAUUCAAGGAAAAGUCUUUGCUAAUGUGUACCUCAUGUUAACAGCUCGACAUGAAGCAGGGAUGAGAGUAAGGCGUUAUUGUGACACCCUUCUUGAACUUGUUGGUUACACAAAACAUGAUGUCGAAAGUUACAUUAAAAAGUAUUUCAUCGGUCAUGAGGAUCAAACCCUUGCUGACAAAAUGAUAAACCAGUUAAUACGCGACAAACAACUCGCAGAAUUAACAGCAAACCCCCUUAAUACAGCUUUGUUGCGUCUUCUCUGUGAAGAAACAAGAGGAGUCUUUCCUUCGAAAAGAACCAUGAUGUACGAUGACCUUGUGUCGUGCGCUCUCAGAAGGUAUUUUGCAAAAGGAGGUAUUUCUUUGGGUGACCAAGAUCCGAUGGAGCGAUGUGCAAGUGAGCUGAAUCAGUUGGGGAAGAUGGCAUUUGAGGCUUUGCUUAAGAAUCAGUUAUAUUUCACUCAAGAUGAGGUGAAAUCCCAUUCCCCUGCUUUAAAUUUCCUACGGUUGCCGUUUCUUUUCCGUGAGCCAAGUGUGAGCAAAGUCAGACCAACACCGACCUACGCGUUUACUCACAAAACAUUUCAAGAAUACUUUGCGGCGUUUUACCUGGCCCAUCAGGUUUUGUCUGGUGACAAAGGGAAAGAGAGAUUGUUGGAUGAACUCAGUCCUAUUGAUUAUUGGCAGGUGUGGGAAUUUCUCAUCACAAUAGUGUUAAGCAAGAGUGUUAAAGCGGCAGUAACUGUUGUCUCUCGCCUUUGUGCUUUCUUUUGUCACAAGAGGCCUUUAAGUUUAAUGGACGUGAAUCGCGACGAUGCUGAUUUGGAUCGACGCGAAAUCUUCAAGGACAGUCCGUAUGACUGGGCUAAGUAUUUGAGAAAAAUGAACAAGGAUGAAGGAACGCUAUGCAACGUCCUCAAAAAAACCCUUGAUCUUAUUGCUGAGUGCGAAGAUGGUGAUGAUGAAAUGAAGGAUUACCAAAAGGAAGUUGUGCGUGUGCUUGCCCGCUGCUUUCCAAUUAAAAAAUUGGAACUUACACUAAGUGCUAGUACACCCUGCUCCGUGUACUCUGAGUAUCUAAGACUGAAUUACAGUUUGACAGAUUUGAAUUUGUAUAGUGCGUUUGACCUGAUCCUGUUAAAAACAAUUGAACAUGUUUUUCAUUCUAAGCCAAAUUUGGUGCAUUUUACGUUUCUAAACCCGACAUGGGCUUUUGAUUCUCGUAUUGGUGUAUUAUUUGCUUCGCCUGAACGAGAAAAGGUUUUUUCAAGGCUGGAUCAACGUCUUCAGUGGAACCAGUUGGUCGGUACCAAAGCACUGCUCUCAGACGUCCUUCAGUCAGGUCGUGUUUUAACACAUCUGAAUCUAGACAGAGUCUGGAUCUGCGAUGGAGGAGCUCAAGUACUCGCGGAUUUCCUUCAAAUAAAUCAAGCUUUGACACAUCUUAAUCUACGUUACGCCAUGAUCUAUGACUUUAGAGCCAUUUUACUCAGUGACGCUCUUCAGUCGAACAGCAAAUUGACACAUUUGAGUCUUCCAGAAAAUUGGAUCAGUUUUGCUGGAGCCUUUGCUCUAGCGACAACUCUGACGUUCAAUUCUGUACUAACAUAUUUAGAUCUGAGUCAAAAUCUUGGCGGCGAUUCAUUUGCCGUAGCGCUGUCGAAAGCUUUGGAAUCUAACUGUGCCUUAAAGUACUUGAAUCUGUGUCAAUGGUUUGACUGCAUUGAAAAAAAUACACCUUUUCCGGAAUCUGCUAACGUGCACGUUGAAAUGAUUGGACCUGAAGGAGGAUCAGCCCUUGCAAAAGCUGUUCGAUUCAACUGUACAUUGACUUAUUUAGAUCUUCAGUAUAAUAACAUCGGCGACUCUGGAGCAGCGGCACUUGGCGAAGCUCUUCGAACAAACACAACUUUGAAGGAAUUAUACCUCAAAGACAACAAGAUAGGGGAAAUAGGAUCAGAAGCCCUCGGAAAGGGGCUACAGUCAAAUCGUACUUUGACCCAUUUGAAUCUAGAUUUUAACCACGAUAUUGGUGAUUCAGGCGUAUCAGCCAUCGCAAAGGCACUACAGUCGAGGGGCAGUAAAUUAACCUGGUUAGAUCUAAGUUUUAACAAAAUCAGCUCCUCGGGUGCCACCUCCAUCUCAGAAGCUCUUUGCGUUAACAGUUCUCUCACACAUUUAGGAUUGGGGAGUAAUAAGAUCAACUCUUCUGGCGCCUCCACAAUUGCUAACUCACUGCAAUCAAAUCGUACGUUAAUUCAUCUGAAUCUUGGUGGUAACGAAAUUGGCGAUUCAGGGGCCAAAGAAUUUGCUCACUCUCUUACGAAACACAACAACACGCUGGGCUUUUUAUACCUUGAUGGCAACAAUUCAAUAAGUUCAGUAGGAAUAGAAAGCCUUGAACAGGUUGAUCAGUCGAAAUGUAUCGUGAAGUAUUGA